CCGCUGACGCUCUCUUCCGGUCUCGGUGGUCCCCUGAAAGGACUGUGGGGUGCGCGCGAUGAGGCUUCUGGCUUCUGUGCUGUUGGCCCUGUUUGCUGUCAGUCAUGCGGAGGAAGGAGCCCGGCUUCUGGCCUCCAAGUCACUGCUGAACAGAUACGCCGUGGAGGGGCGAGACCUGACCUUGCAGUACAACAUCUACAAUGUUGGCUCAAGUGCUGCAUUAGACGUGGAGUUAUCUGAUGAUUCCUUUCCCCCAGAGGACUUUGGCAUUGUGUCUGGAAUGCUCAAUGUCAAAUGGGACCGGAUUGCCCCUGCUAGCAAUGUCUCCCACACCGUGGUCCUGCGCCCGCUCAAGGCUGGCUAUUUCAACUUUACUUCGGCUACUGUUACUUACCUGGCUCAGGAGGAUGGGCCUGUCGUGAUUGGCUUUACCAGCGCCCCUGGACAGGGAGGGAUCCUGGCCCAGCGGGAGUUUGAUAGGAGAUUCUCCCCGCAUUUUCUGGACUGGGCAGCCUUCGGAGUCAUGACCCUGCCCUCCAUCGGCAUCCCCCUGCUGCUGUGGUACUCCAGCAAGAGGAAAUAUGACACUCCCAAGUCCAAGAAGAACUGAGGGGCUUCCGAGGCCGCUGCCUAGGAGAUCCAGGUGCUUUCCAGACUCCGGAGGGCCUCUGGAGUGCGGUCUCUCAUCCCCAGCCCCUGCCACCUUCUCCAGGAUCCUGCCUGCUCUCAACCAGAGUCGGGGACCAGGCCUCGGUGUCUGUGAAAGCCUCCUCCUUCUGUCCCAAAGCCAUAUGAGCAAGAACGAGCAGGAAUGCCUCCAGCAACAAGCCUCGGGACCUCAUCUGUGUGCCUUGUGGUGCUGCAGUGUGAACUGAGGGGCCCAGGAGGGGGCACUAAGGAAACUGCCUGACUCUACCCCCAUCCCCUGCUCUCCCCUCUCGGAAGAGGGUGGAAGAUCAGAUGAAGGCCAAGUGACUCGGAGGCUACCCAAUCUCUGUUCUGGGUCAGGGGAGCUCUAACCAAAUGGAGUUUUCUAAUAAAAACAUGCCACAC